AGUUAGGAGGAGGAAAGAUGGCGGAAGAGCCGCUAGGGGACCCGGAAGCACUUACCCUCCACUUCCUCCCGUUUGCCUUCUGCCUCACCUAGAGCCGUCCGGUCGCAGACUGUCUCUGAGACGCUUCCUGUCCGUAACAGUCACCAUGAUUCUUCAGAGGCUUUUCAGGUUCUCUUCUGUCAUCAGAUCUGCAGUCUCAGUCCAUUUGAGGAGGAAUAUUGGAGUUACAGCAGUGGCAUUUAAUAAGGAACUUGAUCCUUUACAGAAACUCUUCGUGGACAAGAUUAGAGAAUACAAAACUAAGCGACAGUCAUCUGGAGGACCUGUGGAUGCUGGCCCAGAGUAUCAGCAAGACAUGGAGAAGGAGCUUUUUAAGCUUAAGCAGAUGUAUGGUAAAGCAGACAUGAAUACGUUCCCAGACUUCAAAUUUGAAGAUCCCAAAUUUGAAGUCGUGGAAAAACCCCAGUCCUGAAGAAAUAUAAAAUAUAUCUGGUCAUGUGUCUUAGAUCAGUUGUAUUACUGAUCAGAAGUAUCAGAAGAAACAUACAUUUCAACAACUGUCAAAUGUUCUUUCAUUCUGAUUCCAAAUAAAUUAUGUGGUGAUUUUGAGUGUA